AUGGCUGACUAUGACUAUCCUUAUGUCGACGAUUCCAAUCCGAAGAGUGUUGCGGCUUAUGUCGCGUCCUGUAGCCGCGUCGCCAGCUGGGUGAAAACCCAUACACCGCAGCGCGACCCAGCCGAAUAUUUCUACUCGCCUUCUCAUCCACCGUCACGCGUCCCCUCUUACCUAUCAGACUCUACGGAUGCCGACGAAGGAGACGAUGAACAUGACAGAGAAAGUAUUUAUUCCGUCCCACCGAAAAUGGUCCUCAAGUUCGAUGACGGCAGGCCCGACGUAGUUAUACAACCCUCCCAGGAGAAGAAGGACAGAUACGGGAUACGCGCUCGUUCUAUGUCGGCGUCGAAUACUUUGCCAUCGAAAGCCACCGUCCCCCCGCUUAACCGCCCUACAUUCUUCUAUGACGAUGGACCUCCUACUCCGCAAUUUCCGGAGCAAAUACGUAUUUUGCCGCCUUUGCAACCUAACGCCCGCGCACAGAAUGCAGGUAUCAAUAGUAUGGACGCCCCGGGUCCCACCAACUUAAAUAAUAUUAAAGCAAAAAAUGCCCUUGGGUACGGAAGGGCACAAAGCGUAAGACCCUCCUCACCCGGCCUUGGUCUGUCUAUCUCGGAACCAUUAUCUGCGCGUUUCGGUUACGCUCCUCAGAGCCAAGCUCAGGCCCAAGACGUCAAGCACGCCGCAAUUCGACCUUCCUUAUCGCAGCGGAAGGGCGCUAGCUUCGGAAGCUCCGCAGACGCGGUGUACGCUCAGUAUCACCACCGACAAUCCACGCGGUAUCAAGUCGACGGUCAGCAGCCACGUACCCAGGUCUCCAGACCGUCAGCCCCAAGGCUCCCUUCUCACCCGGCGCCUCCAGGAGUGGCUUUCUCCCACUCUGCUCCUGCGCGACUCCAAUCUUCCUACGCUGGCAGGCCGGACUACCCGGUGCAGCCGCACUGCAACAAUGGCUACAAUACCAUGGCUGAGACUUUUCCUAAUGCCGUACAUCGCGGAAGAUCUACCAGGGUCCAGACUGGACUCCGAAUGGAGCACGGUCACAGAGAGGCUAGAAGCAAAAGUCUACCACCCGUGCCCCCCGCCGGAAUCGCGGCAGGGGUGGGACCUUCACAAACUAGCGGAAACGCACCUCAGCGUCCACGAUCUCGGGCUUCCACGCAGGCCCGAGCUUCCCAGGAACUGAGACCCGAGGUGAAGCCGGGGAUGAGGACGAGGCAUGAGAGCCUCACUUCGGCGUCGGUAUCUGGCGAUACAUAUUAUACUGGCACAAGCGCAGGCGAAUACGGGCAACCUAGGAGAACGAAUUCAACGCGCACUACGACCUCGGUAUCAGCGACCUCGACCAAGUAUUCACCGCCCCUUUCACGCCCUUCGACAUCGGGCUCGGGGUCAUGGCCAGUGAAAAAGCCAUUUUUCCAACGGAUAUUCCCUGUGGGCAAGCUGUUCGACAAGGCGGACAGGGGGAGGGAGAAUGAUUCCACUAGUCUGAGGAGUAGGAGCAGGGCGGGGAAUGUGAGGUUGGCCAGGAGAAACACGGGGAUGGUUUAG